ACUGCAACUUACAACCAUAUUGGUCCCAAAAACAAAUAGUUUUAGUUCAAUAAGGUUCCAUUUGCAGAUGGAACCAUGUUAUUUAAAUGAAUUAUCUUUUUCAAUGCAGUAAGGUUCUAUCAGCUGAUGUAAAAGCCUGAUUCAAUGUAUUAAGGUUAUUUUGCUUGCGGUUUUCCUAGAAACUGUAAUAUUAUUUAUUGGGAUGUUUUAUAACUAAUAUGAGUUCCAUAAACGAUAGUGAAAUAUUAGAGGCACUAGAUGAUAGUGAAGAUCAGUGUGCUCCAAGAAAUCAGAGUUUCACUUCUGACAGGUAAGAAAUCUAACCUAAAAUAACCCAUACUGAUGUUUUGCUCUAAACCAUUAACAUAGAUAAAACAACAUUAAAACUGGUAAAUGGCUAUAUACCAGAAUCCAAAUUGAAUGCUAAAUUUGUGUAUUUUAUUCAAAUAGCUAUGAUUUUAUCAAUCAAAAUUUCUAUUAAAGUCUAUAGUGUUUUCAUUUGGUUAUAAUUCCAUUAGUUUUAUUCAUGUAUGUUCUGAAUUUUUUCUUUGAUUUUAGCAAUGCUGGUUCAGAGAGCAAUCUUGAUCAAUGUGUAAACAACAACUAUGUUCCUACAAAGGGUGAUCCCAAUGAACAAGGAGAUGACAUCCAAGAUGAACAAGUAGAAGAAUAUCCCACUGAAUGUGUAAACAUACUAGAUCCAAGUAACUCAGAAAUUAAUUAUGGUGCACACAAUAACCUUGAGCAAUAUAUGGAGGACAUCCAUGAAGAAACCGCAGAGGAUAACCAUGACAUCAUAGAGGACAAUCAUGAUGAAAUCACAGACAACAACCAUGAUGAAACCACAAAGGAUAAUUACUAUGACCAACUGGCUGAGGACAACCAUGAUCAACUCGCUGAGGACAGUCAUGACCAACUCGCUGAGGACAACCAUGAUAGGCAACUUUUUAGUGAUGAAGGGAACAUUUUUAUAGUCAUAACAGCAAAUCAAAACUGUGACGAAGUGCAAGAAGACUUUUUAAAUGUACUAGAUGGAACUGUAGUUACAAUUAUUGAAGAAGAUACACAAAGCAUUAAUGAAGGUGAUUUUGUCACAGAACUUUCUUCUAAUGAAUCAGUACAAACUUUGGUAUUUACUCCGGACAAGUCUCCUCACCCUACUCCUGAGGACGAACAAAUUCAACAGACAAUCACUGAAGGCACUCCAGAUGAUAUUGACAGCUUGCCUGUCCAGAAGAAGCCUAGGAAAAGAUUACAAACUCCAGAUAACUGGAAAAUAAACCAAAGGAAAAGAAAACACCAGGCAGGGGAAGAAUAUAUCAAUCAAAAAGGUAAACUAAUUCAUAAGAAAGAAAUUAAAACAAAAAAAGACUGCCUAAACAAUUGCAAAUUCUUUUGCAAUAAGAAGAUUACUUGCGAUGAAAGACAGGCAGUAUUUAAGGCUUUUUAUACUUUAAAGACGCAAAAUGAGAAGUACAUGUUCUUAAAAAAUCUUACUGAAAGAUCGCUAACAGCCAGAAAACAAAAUAAAGGUGUUGAAAACUCUGUAUCAAGACGUCAGUUUUCUUUUCGAUACUAUUUUAAUAUUAACAAUGAAAGAAUCCAGGUUUGUAAAACCUUCUUUUUAAGCACUUUAAGCAUUUCUCAGAAACCAAUUUAUAAUGUCCAUCUUAAGAAAGACCCUGAGACUGACCUACCAAAAAAUGACCAAAGAGGACAUAACAAAAGUACUGUGAUUCCUGCUUACGCUAAAAAUGAUGUCAGGAUACAUAUAAAAUCCUUCCCAGUUGUGGAAUCACAUUACUGCAGAAAGAAUUCCUCUAAACAGUAUUUAGACAGUUCAUUAAAUAUUUCUAAGAUGUAUUCUCUUUUUGUUGAAAAACAUCCUGAUACUAUUAUUAAAGAGAGUAUGUAUAGGAGAAUAUUCUUAACAGAAUUUAACAUGGAUUUCCAUUUUCCAAAAAGUGAUCGCUGUGACACGUGUGAAGAGCACAAGGUGAGUCUUAAAGAGAAGUUGCCUGCAGAUUCAGAAAAAUACCAACUUCAUGUAGCAGAGAAAAAUGCUAUGCGAGAAGCAAGACAUAAAGAUCGUGAAAACUCUGAUGCUACUGUAUUAAGUUUUGACUUACAAAAUGUAAUUACUUGCCCAAGAGCUGAGAUUAGCAGUUUUUUUUACUUUAGUAAAUUAAAUGUUUACAACUUAACUGCCCAUUUGAAAACAAAAAAUGGUAAGAAAGUUUACUGUGCUCUGUGGACAGAGGUAACAGGUGGUCGUACAGGCAAUGAUAUUGCCAGCGCUGUAUAUAAAAUUGUGAAGAAAGUUUUGCUAGAUUUUCCAGAAACCGACAACUUGAUAACUUGGAGUGACUCAUGUGUUUCCUCAAAACAGAAAUCAAAUGAUGACGGGGGCUAUGAUGCUGAUUCUUAA